AUUCUGGGACAUUUGUUUUUGUCUCAACUGCUCGCUUUUUAUGAAGUCAGUGGACGAAUGUGUUCAGUUAUCUACUUUUAAUCACCCAAAUAUUUUAUUUUAUUAAAUUACCUUCACAUUUUGUGAUAUUUUUAAGAUGUAUUUGUUGUGACCUUUGUAAUGAACUUUGGUCUCUACGGUGACUGCCUGAGAUCAAAAUAGUAGAGCACUGUUUAUAAACACUGCGCUCUGGAUAAAACGUACAGUUAUUAAUUGGAUAAGGAGCCUAAUGCUAUCCGGGGAGCAACCAUGGCGAAAUAUGUACUCGGCAUAGACAUAGGAACUACUUCAAUCAAGGUCGUGUUACUUGAUAUUAACUCAAAAACAGUAACGGAUAGCUUCUCUUUGCCAACCAAGGCAUAUAUCGUCAGCGACGAAACGCAUGCCAAAGAGCAGGACUCUGUACAAAUCAUAACGACUCUGAAUGAGUGCAUUGCCUCUCUGCCCAUAGACAAGCUCCAGAAUGUCAGUAGAAUUGGGGUGUCUGGACAAAUGCAUGGGGUUGUAUUCUGGAAAGCACAAACAGUCCUGUACCAUCACUGUCUACCCUCAGGCUGUAAUUGGUCAGGUGGAGACAGCCGCCACCACUUCAGCCCUAGAGACACCAGUCAUCUAAUCACCUGGCAGGAUGGGCGCUGCAACAGUGAUUUCCUGUCUACUCUUCCAAACCCAGACUCACAUCUCAGCAUAGCCACAGGCUUUGGUUGUGCCACUAUCUUCUGGUACAUGAAAUACAGGCCGGAGUUCCUGUCUGACUUCAUGGUGGCAGGAACCAUCCAUGACUAUGUGGUGUCCAUGCUGUGUGGCUUGGAUAGCUGUGUCAUGACUGGCCAGAAUGCAGCCAGCUGGGGCUACUUCAACACUGCCACCAACCAGUGGAACAUAGACAUUCUGAAGGAUGCUGGCUUUCCUGUGCACCUGCUCCCUGAGUGUGUGCCGUCUGGCUGCAUGGCUGGUCAGACGUGCUGUGAGUGGCAUGGCGUCCCUGCCAGCACACCUGUAGGGGCAGCCCUGGGGGACUUCCAGUGUUCUGUCUACUCCAGCAUGACUGACAGGACGGAAGCAGUUCUCAAUAUAAGCACUUCAGCCCAGCUGACCUAUGCCAUGCCACUUGACUUCACUCCGCCAAAUAUCCCUGAUCCCACCUCUUCCAUCUCCUACUUCCCUUACUUUGAUGGCUCCUACUUGGCGGUGGCAGCAUCACUCAACGGAGGGAACGUGAUGGCCACUCUUGUAGGCAUGCUGAGUGGCUGGAUGAACGAGCUAGAGGUGGAAGUGAGCGACUCCAGCUUGUAUGAGAAGCUGAUCAGAUGUGCCCUUGGAGUGGACAGUAGUGACCUGAGGGUUAGUCCUACCAUCCUGGGGGAAAGACAUGACCCGCUCAGCCUGGGCCAGGUGUCCAACAUACACCCUUCCAACCUCUCCCUGGGCCACAUGACCAGAGCGGUGUGCCGUGGUGUUCUGGACAAUAUCACCUGCAUGAUGCACCCGGUCUUCCUGCUGGAGGCCGGAGUGCAAAGGAUCAAGGGCAGUGGGAGUGCCUUAUCCCGUAACGCAGUACUCAGACAGGAAGCAGAAAGGGCGUUUCCUCUGCCUGUGGAAUAUGGACAGGAUGUGGACUCAGCUGUGGGUGUGGCGAUAGUCUUUCAUGACAGAAUGGAUAUCCUCAGACAUGUUUAUUAAUGAAUACUAUUGGAAAUUCAUAGUGCAAUCUCCAAUCAAGAUGAUGUCUCACAUUUAUAGUAUGAACUAAAAGUUUAAUUAGGCCUAUAGUAAGUGGUAAUUGGUAAUGUAUAGUUAACUACAGUAAAAAAAAGUACUUUAUUAAUGUUUGCAUUAGUGCACUUGAAAUUUCAACUAAAACAUUGUUCUGCUACUGCUAGCUUACAUAUCAGUGUUAUUAGAAAUAAUUACUUAGGUACGAUUUUAGUAUUGAUAAUGAUUACAACUGUUUUUACUUAAUGAUUCAAUUGUUAUGUUAUAAUGGCAUGUAAAUAAAUCCUAAAUCUUGUUGAUGCCUCUAACUAUAUAUCAGUCUAUUCUAAUCAGCAGAGGUUUUCUGACCACAAUAUUAGUCACAGGAACAGACUCACCAACAACAAAGCAUGUUGGUAGAGCUGAGAAAAGGCAGACUCUCGGGAAGCUCUGCAAAGUGGUUCUGAAAGAAAGAAGAACUGAAUGUUAUAUGUCAUAUGAAAGGAGAAGUAAACCCCCUGUGAUGAGACAUUCAAAACAAUAAACCAUCGGUGUGAGGAGUCAUUAUGAGCAAGGCAAUGGACCUAGAGUACCCUACCUUCUCUCUGGAGACAGUUGACAGGAAGAAUGAUGAGAGGGCACAGAGCAGACAGGUGAAGAAGCCUGACCACCAUGGACUCAGACUAACAGGAGGAACUGGAGAAGGCCAUACCAAAGAUAAGAUUCAAUCUCAACUUUGACAAGAAAAUAAAAGGUUUGGAGGAGAACAAAGAGGAGGGGGCGCUGUUUGAGGCUGUGUCCACUGGGAAUGUCAUGAAGCUUGAGGGUCUGGUUCAGUACCUGCAUCAGUCCAUGAAGAAGCUCUCCAACACUGAGUGUUAGGCAGACUGUGUAUUAUAUUCUGUAGUAUUGUAUAAUGUUUGCAUUUUAGGAUACCAUUGUACAUUAGUACUUUACAGCUUCAUGUUCAUGUCAUGUAAAUGGAUAAUAUUUUUAGUCUGUGUAUUCUUUUAUACUCCAUUCUUUCACCUCCGGCUCUCCUAGAUCAAUCGUAUGGUAAAAACACCCUGCUGAAGGCUCUACUGAAUCUGAGAGACGGCAGAAAUAACGCAAUUACAUUUCUCCUUGACAUCUCAAAGAAGAUGGGGGACAUCAAAUCAUUUAUAAAUGUAGCAUACACCGACAGCUAUUACAAAGGGCAAACAGCCCUUCAUAUUGCCAUUGAGAGAAGGAGCGCCUAUUCUGUUCAGCUAUUGAUCAAGGAAGGAGCAGAAGUCCAUGCCGAAGCCUGUGGGAAAUUCUUCCAGCCUCAUGAUCUACUCAGCUUCUACUGUAGUUUGGUGAGCUGACUCUGCCCCUGGCUGUUUGCACCAACCAGUCUGAGGUAGAUGACUUCCUGCUGGAGAACUCCUACCAUUGGGUGGAUGUGAGAGAGAGGGACUCCCUGGGUAACAUGGUGCUGCAUGCCCUGGUGGUGGUGUCAACUGAUAACACACCAGAGAACACGGACUUCAUCGCCUCCAUGUACGACUACAUCACCUCACCACUGCUGCUCGCCUGCACCCCAGGUGGAGGCUGGAGGACUUGGACAACAACCAUGGCCUGACGCCUAUAAAACUGUCUGCCAAGUUUGGCAAGAUCAGGCUGUUUGAGAACAUGAUGCAUCAUGAGUUUCAUGAGAGGGAGACCAGACACCUGUCCCGAUAAUUCACUGAGUGGGUGUACAGACCUGUCCCUUCCUCCCUGGACGAUUUGGCCUCACUGUGACUCCUAGGAGAAGAAUUCUGCCCUGGAGAUUGUCUACAGCGUUAAUAUAAUAAGGAUCAAAUCAUUAGCCCCAUUUGGUGCUACAACGCAUCCGUUGUCCUGAUCUUGUUCACAUGUAUCUACACUGUGUCUGCAUUUUGACCAGAUUUCCUGAUCCCUCCCUGUAUGCAAAUUAUUUCAGAAAUAUUCUUUCAAAAUAAUAUGUAUUUAUUUAAAGACACAUAUUGAUGGCCUGAGAAAAUGGUGCCUCCUGUCAAUGAUUUAAGAGGGCUGGAUAAUGAUUAUUUAAAUGGUUUCACUGUUCAGCUCCGUCUACACACAAUGUGCCUGACUACAUUCGGAGGUGGUCAGGAAGAUCAGAUCACAAUGCAUCUUUUAAUCGUCUAAACCUGUCUAGAAAAGUGGGUACAAUCAGAAUGUGUACAAGAUUAAGGACAUGUUAGCACCAGGUUUAAAUGGGGCUCUAAAUGCCAUCUCCUGUCGUUGUGCCCUUGAGAAAGGCACUCAACCCUUAUCUGCUCCAGGGGUGCUGCGUGGUGGUUGACCCUGUGCUCCAACCUCUCUGUGGGUGUGUCUCGGGGGUACGUGUACUGUAAGAAAAUGCAUUUCAAGAGAAAGAGAGACCAAAAGUAAGACCUACUUGCAUCAAAGUGUGAUUCUACCCACUGGGCACAGAUGUCAAUUCAACAUCUAUUCCACAUUGGUUCAACUUAAUUUAAUUGAAAUGAUGCGGAAACAACGUUGAUUCAACCAAUGUGUGCCCAGUGGGUAGUAGUAUCCAUUUUAUUUUAGAAUCGCCAUGCGAUGCUCAAAAUUGAGCCUCUGAACUGGAGGAGUGGGACAAGUUCGCUGCUCAGAUGUUUUUCUUAACCGCCUACAAGAGGAAGAAGGGAACGGUGAGGUCUUUCUGCAUGAUCACAAUAAGAUACAUUAUUCUAGCAUUAUUCUAGCUGAAACUGAGCAACUCAGUUUGGAUCCAGGCGAACAUCAUGUAGGAGAUCAAAUCAGUGUUGCCAAAGUGCUGUCCAUAGAAACAAUUUUCACUUCAGCUCAAUUUCUCUCACUCUCUGAUAUCCAGCCACCUUUUACUCUGGAGCAUACCAGACAGUAAUUCCUGAGUCUAGCGGGUCAACUUUUUACAGCAGUAGAAGCCUGUCACUUAUUCCCAGGAGGGGUGUGUGCAUGUGUGAUGUGUGAUUUUACAUACUGUAUGUGUGAAAGCCAUCCUAAGCCAUGCCAUGUGUGGCUAGGAAAUUAGUGUUUCAUACUGUAAGUGUCUGUAAGGGAUUUCCUCCUCUUCUUCCGAAGAGGAGAGGUGAAAAGGAUCGGAGGACCAAUAUGCGGCGUGGUAAGUGUC